UGAGGAUUUGUCCGCUUUUUUCGAUGCUUCUCCGGGCCACGUCGGACUAGCCUGACCCGCGAACGAGUAACCAGAAUUCACAGACGAGUUCUCGCGAUGCUGACGACGAGCGCGAGGAUCGUCCGUCUGCCUGAUACGGAUCUCUAAAAAAAUCACUGUCCCGAUAUCGCGCUUUAGCUGUUAUCAUCGAAACGCGCGGAUUAAUCUGUCUGAAGGCUUUGUUUGCUGAAACGAAAUCGGCACGAUGCAUUCGGUGAUGCGUGAUCUACGCGAGGACACUGCAAUUUCAACGGAGAGAAAGUGAUCGAGUCGCCUCAACGAUCGGGCUGUUUUCGACGGAGGAUAUCGAAGAAUCGUGGUUCCCGUAACGUCGAUCGUCGAAAGGAAGAUGCCUCCGCAAGAAAAAUUCGAAACGACCGCGGGUCUGGAUGACGCUGGCGCCAGCAACGCAACACCUUGCCAAAGCUCAUUGAACCUGGAAACGAAUUCGACUGCUCCUAACGCGAAAGCCAAAGACGAAUCGAGGGACAUGGAUUUUGACGAGCUGCUGCCUUACGUCGGAGAGUUCGGCCUCUAUCAGAAGAUCCUCUUCCUUCUGAUGAUCCCUUUUGCAUCGUUCGUCGCCUGGGUCUAUUUCUCGCAGAUAUUCAUCACUCUCGUGCCGAACGAACAUUGGUGCUUGGUACCCGAACUCGAGAAUCUCACCCUCCAAGAAAGACUCUUACUGGCGAUACCGAUCGACCAUGAAGGUUACUCGAGAUGCAGCAUGUACGAUGUAAAUUACACCGAGAUUCUAUUAAGUGGAAGACACGAACCGGACCCAUCGUGGCCAAGAAGUGGCUGCCAACACGGUUGGGAAUUUAAUUACACCAGCAUCCCUUACGCAACCGUAGCGACCGAGUUAGGAUGGGUGUGCGAUUACAGUGCCCUGCCAACCACGGCGCAGAGCAUCUUCUUCGUCGGUGCCAUCUUCGGAGGGUUAAUUUUCGGUUGGAUAGCUGAUCAAUAUGGCAGGAUACCGGCUCUGAUCGGGGCGAAUCUGAUGGGUUUCGUGGCGGGAGUCGCCACCGCGUUUUCUCAAAGCUUCUGGCAGUUCACGCUGUGCCGCUUCUUCGUCGGUUUCGCUUUCGACAAUUGCUUCACCAUGAUGUACAUAUUAGUGUUGGAGUACGUUGGACCAAAAUGGCGGACGUUCGUAGCGAACAUGUCGAUAGCCAUAUUCUUCACUUUCGCUGCCUGCGUUUUACCCUGGAUCGCAUAUUUUUUGGCGGACUGGAGGAUGACCUGCAUCGCGACGUCGGUUCCUCUUGUCUUGGCAGUGGCGACGCCUUGGUUGGUACCGGAAAGUGCUCGGUGGCUUGUGAGUCAAGGCCAAAUAGAUAGAGCCAUCGGGAUCCUGAACAAAUUCGAGCAAGUAAACGGUACAAAAGUGCCCGACGAUGUCUACAAACGAUUUAGGGAGACCUGUGCCAAAGUCUGUAAAGAAGAGGAAGCGGACAGAAUGUACUCCGUGCUGGAUUUAUUUAGAACACCACGGCUUCGGAAUAUCACGAUCUUAUUUAUUGUAAUAUGGAUGGCGAUCUCUUUGGUGUUCGAUGGUCAUGUACGGAACGUCGAUAACUUAGGCUUAAACGUUUUCGUGACAUUCACGAUCGCGGCGGCGACUGAAUUGCCCGCUGACACAUUUCUCACAGCUGUUCUCGACAGAUGGGGCAGAAGAUGGCUGGCCUGCGGUUCUCUGGUCGUUUCCGGAAUUUUCAGUAUUUGGGCUUCCGCGGUUUCCAACAAUAUCUACUCGGCCACUUUGGCCAUUCUGGGUAGAUUUUGGAUAAACAUAUCGUACAACAUCGGCCUCCAGUACGCGGCUGAAGUAUUGCCGACCGUCGUCAGGGCUCAGGGUGUGGCCUUGAUACACAUAAUGGGAUACGUCGCGAGCAUUUUGGCACCCUUCGUGGUUUAUCUCAACGUGGUCUCGACGAUUCUGCCCCUUCUGGUGUUGGGCGUCCUCGGGAUCGCUGGCGGUCUUCUCACUCUGUUUUUACCGGAAACGCUGGACAAGGAUCUUCCGCAAACGUUACAGGACGGCGAGGACUUUGGUAAAGACCAGAAAAUGUGGGACUUCCCUUGUAUCAGUAGGAACCGCGAGGACGAUGAAACGCCUUCGGCUACGUUCAAAACGUUCUCUCGAGGUAGCGUCAGGAACUCGAUGAGGGCCUCUCUUCGUGGUGAAACGUUGAGAAGCAGCAUGAUACGGAGAACGAGCGUGAGGUCGAGAAAGAGCAGCAACUCUAUCACGGAAGUGGAAAGAUUGUAGCGAAAACUGUGUCCAUUUCCCACAGAAUUGUCAAUCCUCCAACGAUAAGCAUUUGACGAAGAAACGCGUGCUUCUAUUCGCAUUGAUGAAUGAUGGUAUGGUUGCAAUAUGUACAUUAAAUGAAAGUCCUUCUUAUCAUACAAAAUUUGAAGAAAAUAUCGUGAAAAUGUGAUUAGAAUUCGAAGAAAUCCUUUUCUUCUUUUCUUUGUGAAUCUUAUGUUGUGCCACGAUACGAAUACACGCGAUACGGACUCCGGGUCUAUUUUGAUUCGCAUCCGAAUUUCGUUAAUUAGUAUUCCUCUAUAAAAUAACCAGUUUCUAUGGGUCAAAAUGUACCCGGAGACCGUUGUGCGAGGGUCAAGCUCAAUUUGCUCCAAAUGUCUAGCGGAUUUGCCUUUCCGAGUAGGAAACGAAAGAUAAAACUGUGAAUUCUUAACUCGUUUCUAGCAGAUGCUGAGCGGCUCGAAGUUGAAAUAACUUAACCAACACGAGCGUAAGUUGUGUAAAUACGUGUAAAAAUUUCUAGGUGAAUAUAUUAGAAGUCGUUCGUACAUGCGCGCGAACGAUGGAACUUAUUUUUAUUUUUGCUGUAACCAAAAUCGUCAGUGUUUUUUAAUAAAAGCGACGUAGAUCAUCG